CCUAGUCGCGAGCGGACGUCUACGCCGUAGCGGCUCGUAGCUCUCACCUCGUAGCACGUAGCUGUAAGCUCUACGUAAUCCGUAUUAACCUUAUUUGUAGACAAAUUGAAUUUAAAAACCACUCCGCUCCUAAAAAGUAUUGGGAAUUGACGUUUUUGUGUUCUUAAGAGUAAAGUUUGUUAAAAGUUCACCGCAGUGUUAUUGAAUUUGUUUUGUUUGAAAUACCUCAAGAGACUUUAAAAGUUUGAACCAGGCUAAGUUAUGCUUAUUAAUUAUUUAUAUAUAGAAGGUCUUGAUGGUGAAUUUCUGUGCAGCAAAUGAUUCGCAAUGCAGCAAAGGGGAUUUAAAAAUAUGAAGACGUCGACGGCUCUGAUCCUCCUCCUUCACUUAUCUGUGCACACGGUCGAUGAGGGCCACGCCAUAAAUCCCAGUUGUUCAUGCAUACGCUUCACGUCUACCCACGGCAAGGAACGCGGCACCUUCAGCAGCCCAGACUACCCGCGCCCGUAUCCACGCAGCGCCUGCCUGCUCUACACCUUCCUCGCCGAGCCACACCAGAUCGUCGAGCUUGUGUUCACCGACUUCGACAUUUACAAGGAACAUUUGGAUUGCACACGCGGUGACUACCUCAAAGUCUACUCCGAAGGCGGUGUCCAUGGGCCGGGGCCGCCUGGCAUCAACGAAUACUCCUCCUGGUCGUCGAUACUAUGCGGGAACAGAGCAGAUGCACCCCCCGCAUUGUAUUCCCAUGGACCAGUGAUGGUGCUGGAGGUGAAGAGCGGAGACAAGCCGUCCAACGCGACGGGCUUUAUCGGAACAUACAGGUUUAUAGAUAGGCGUAAUUUUGAAACGGACGGCGUGAAGGUAAGCGACGCACAGUGCGACUAUGUGUUCGCGUCGCAGACGGACCGGCCGGCGCACGGGCGACUCUACAGCCCGCGAUACCCUUCCAGUUACCCCACUAAUGUGCGGUGCAAUUAUCAUUUCCACGCAAGAAAACACGAAAGGAUCAAAUUAGUGUUUGAAGAAUCCUAUUUGCAGAAAGGAGAUGAAAGUUGUUUGAACCGAGCUGAUAUUAUAAAAGUUUUCGACGGAAGAAUCACCACGGCUCCGGUAAUUGCAAUACUCUGCAACGAAAUUGUAGGUUAUGAAAUUCUUUCAACGGGGCCAGAUCUAUUGGUCCAAUUUACGGCCAACUCCGAAACAUCGGGCCAGGGGUUCAAAGCGAGCUACCAAUUCCUUAUGGACGAUCAUUCUAUCGCAGAUCUCGACGGUGGUAAGAAGUCAAGUACAGGCGAUGGAUCACCUGCUAUGGGUCCGGCAGUCAGCGCAGCGACGUCAUCCUGCGAUCAAGUAUUCAGGUCUGAUAAGAGCCGUAGUGGGAAGUUGACCUCGCCCCAGUACCCGUCGCCGUAUCCUCCCAAAACGCAAUGUCAUUACGACAUUCUGGCGCGCGGGAGGGAGCGUGUGCGAUUAGUGUUCGACGACUUCAGCCUCCAGAGGGUCACCGGCAGCAUUAUCGACUGCGAGAGUAUGGACUCGCUGGACGUGUUUUUGUAUGUCGAUGGCCGUCUGGAGAAAAUGGGCUCGUAUUGUGGCAAUGACGUACCGAAGCCUAUCAUGUCAAACGGACCCAAGCUAUCGAUCGAGUUCAGGGGCAUAUACUCAUCCCGAUACAGUAGAGGGUUUAAAAUAUCCUAUUACUUCGUUGAAGAUUACGCUAUUGCAACGGGAAAGCAGCUUCCAGAGUAUCCUUGCGCCUUCGUGUACAACAGCACGGAGCGGCGCAAGGGCGUGAUGACGUCACCCAACCACCCCGGCCUCUACCCCCGGGACACGGAGUGCAAUUACUUCUUCUACGGGCGCAAGAACGAGCGAGUGCACUUGCACUUUACUCACUUCGACGUGGAGGGUGUUGUGCCAUGCGAAGCUGUAUCCGCGAGUGACUACGUGCAAUUCUCAAGUCAAAUGAUUGACACACGUAGCCGGAGGUACUGCGGGCAACUGCGCGAACUUCAGAUCGCUUCGGAAAGCAAUUUCCUGAGGGUCACCUUCCGGUCCAACGACAGGCUAGAUGGCACUGGGUUCAGAGCUGAAUACAUAUUUCUGAAGGACACAGAAAUGCAGAGAGCUAGGACUGAUGCAAAUGAUGCAUCUUCACACCAUUUGACAAGAUGUUGGCAAUUUAUCAGCAUACUACUGGUAAUAGCGACGUUGUAAAAAUCCCAUAAAAUGUUAAUAAAAUAAUAAAGACUAUAUGUUUUGUA